AUGGAAAAGAAACUUCAAGCAAAAGAUGAAGUCAUUGAAUCCAAAGACAAAAACAUACAGAAAAGAAUACCACGUUCGGUACCAAAAGGAAAGGAAAAGAACUAUAAGUAUAUGAUUUACACUGAAGAGAUGGAAAAUGAAGAAGACAGAGAUAUGGUUAUGUUGCAUUUAGUCAGAAGAAACAACAAAAGCUUUUACGACUUAGCUAAGAUUUACAAAUCUGACAGAAAUUGGUUCUAUCGCGAAAACUUACCGAUUUCAAUGACACCAAAUGAAGAUGUUAAACAGAUAGUUCAAGAUACGUUACCUCAAACACACUAUGAUAUGAAAGGUUGUACAAUACUUACAUUCAAAGAAGAUUUGCCGCUACUGAAGGAAAAAAUAACAGAGUAUUUUGACAACUUCAAAGAGGAAGAGUAA